UUCUCACAAGACAAGGGAUUGGAAUUUGGAGGUUCCAGCGAUGGCCACGGCCAUGGCGUCUAAUCGAGCAGCAUUCCUCGCUGGCAGCUCCAGCGCCCUGGCAAUUCACGCGCCAACGCGGCCGGCACAGCUCGCUUGCGUUCCAUCUAUUUCGUGUUAUCCAUCUGUCUACUGUGGAAGGGGCGACAAGCGCACAGCCAAAGGGAAGCGAUUCAGGCACUCGUUUGGCAAUUCGCGGCCCCGGAAGCGCAACAAGGGUCGAGGGCUGCCGCCGACGCCACUGCCUCCCAAGCCAGCUGAUUCCACUACCGAAGGAUCGCCAGCGCCGGAGCCAGCACCAGCGGCAAUCGCCAUGGAAGAGUGAUCGAGGUCUCGCUCAAAUGUAUCAUCCAAAUUUUUUUCAAAAACAUCUCAUCCCCUCCAA